UAGAAUGAAAGAAGAACAGGAGGAAGGAGAAUAUAUAAAUGAAAUGAGUGAGAAUAACAGAAGAAGAAGAAGAAGAAGAAGAAGAGGAGGAAUGACCAGAAUAAAUGGAUGUGGGGAGAAGAAAGAGGGGGCAGGCAGACUGAGGAGGAGGAGGAGGAGGAGGAGCAGGAAGAAGAGGAGGAGGAGGAGCAGGAAGGAGGGCAGGAAGGAGGGGAGGAAGGAGCAUCAGCAGGACAAACAGACACACAGACGGACCGUCGGUGGAUCACGGAGCCUCCGCCGCCGCCUCCGAGCUGCUGCAGCCGGACACAGAAGCAGCACCCAGCCGCAGACCCGGAGAGCCAUGGCCGCUGAGGACAGCGGAUCCACGGCCUGCACCGGCUCCAGCCUCCUGCAGCCGGUCAGCGAGAUCACCAACCUGCCGCUGGACCAGGUGAACUUCGUGGUGUGUCAGCUGUGCGCUCUGCUGUCGGCCUUCUGGUUCCGCCUCUUCCUCCAUCCCAGUACGACCAGUCCCUUCAUCAGACACGUGGUGGCCACUCUACUGGGACUCUACUUCGCCCUCUUCUGCUUCGGCUGGUACGCGCUUCACUUCCUGCUUCAGAGCGGACUCACCUACGGCAUCAUGAUCCUCACCGGAGUCGAGCACAUGCACAAGUACUGCCUCCUGGUGGCCAUCAGCUACCUGAGUCUGUGUCAGAUCACUCGAGUGUACGUCUUCGACUACGGGAUGUACUCUGCUGACUUCACAGGCCCCAUGAUGGUGAUCACUCAGAAGAUCACCAGCCUGGCCUUUGAGAUCCACGACGGGAUGGCGAGGAAGGAGGAGCAUCUGACCCCGGGUCAGAAGAUCUUGGCCAUAAGGAGGAUGCCCAGUCUGCUGGAGUACUUCAGCUACAACUGCAACUUCAUGGGGAUCCUGGCCGGACCCACCUGCUCCUACAACGACUACAUCGCCUUCAUCGAGGGAGAUCCCCGCCGCCACCGAGACCAGCAGGCGGACAGGAAGUCCAACGGCAAGCUGAGGCCGAGCGAGCCCUCGCCAAACACGGAAGUCGUCCGUAAAGUGGCCACCUCCUUCUUCUGCCUCCUGGUCUUUCUGUUGGUGUGUAAAGUUUUCCCCGUGGAGCGAAACAUCGACGACGACUUCAUCGCCAACACGCCGUUCUACGCUCAGGUGGUCUACCUGUACCUGUCCAUGCUGACCACCAGACCCAAGUACUACUUUGUCUGGACGCUCGCUGACGCCAUCAACAACGCCGCCGGCUUCGGCUUCAACGGCUACGACAGCGACGGCUCUCCCCGCUGGGACCUCAUCUCCAACCUGAGGAUCCUGAACAUCGAGUUAGCAACCAGCUUCAAAGUUUUCCUCGACAACUGGAACAUUCAGACCGCUCACUGGCUCAAAAGGGUGUGUUACGAGCGAUGUCCCUACCACCCGACGGCGGCCACCUUCAUCCUGUCUGCCAUGUGGCACGGAGCUUAUCCGGGCUACUACCUCACCUUCCUCACUGGCAUUGUCAUCACGCUGGCUGCUAGAGCGGUCCGACACAACGUCCGGCCACACUUCCUGCAGUCACCCACCCACAAACUGGUCUAUGAUGUCAUCACGUGGGCAGCCACUCAGAUCGCCAUCUGCUACACAGUGGUGCCUUUUGUCCUUCUGUCUGUCGGCCCAUCCAUCAAGUUCUACAGGUCCUGGUGCUUCAGCCUCCACAUCGGCUGCGUUCUGCUGGCCGUGGCGCUGCCAGUCAAACCGAGACAUCUCCGCCUCAAAGACCAGCAGAAGAACCUUCUCCAGGAGCCGGUCCAGCACCACCCAGAGGCUACAGAUAGCAACUGCAGCCAGAAAGAAAAGAACACAUGAGACAGAGGACAAAGAACAAUCAUGUACAACAUUUUAUUUCCAUAAACUUGUAUAGAAAGAAGAGGAGGUGAACCACAUCAAACGGACCUUCCUCCCGUCUCGGUACUGAAAACCGAUGGUCAUGACAGCGAGUUAAAAUACGGUAUUAUUUGGAUUCACAGGACGUGAAUUUUUUGAAGGUCUGUGUUGUUUGACUGCCGGGACUCAAACAGAAGAUCAUUUUUUUGGGCCAAGUGGCACGUUCAGGUUAAUGUGCAACGAUGCAAGAUAGGGUAUAUAUACGUAUAUAUUUAUAUAUACAUAUAUGUGUAUAUAUGUAUGUAUAUAUAUAUGUAUGUGUAUAUAUAUAUGUAUGUAUAUAUAUAUGUAUGUAUAUAUAUAUAUAUAUAUAUAUAUAUAUAUAUAUAUAUAUAUAUAUAUAUAUAUAUAUAUAUAUACAUAUGGUGUAACUUCACAUGGAGCAGCUGACCUGAAGCGUCAUGGCCGCCUCGCAGUGUUGAACUGACUCGGUGUUCUCCGGUCAGAAAGCUGCUGAUGAAUGAAAGGAGGAAGAGAUGAAAAGACAAAGACGAAAAUGGCCGAACGAACGAUUUAAGAAGAAUGUGAAUGAGAAGAAAAGUCCAGUAAAUGAGUGGAUGGAGAGACGAGUGCAUUAAACAAGUCAAUGAAUGAACAGAGAAUCUCCACCAUAUUCCUCUCAUCGUGUUAUGAUCUAUUAAAACACAACUUCACAGUAUUCAUAGGAUUAUAGUUUGGAGAAAGUGCCAAUGAUUAUUCCACUCAGUCGCCUUAGUUGUUCUGUCUUUUACAAGAAAAAGAAAAGUGCUGCUUAGCAAGAUAUUAACUCUUUGUUGACGUGAGCGGCGAGGAGGGCGUUGUGUUUACAUUUGUAGAUGUCACGUUUUUGUCAAGUUGUUAUUUAUGUAAUUCAAAGACUUGUGUUUUGAUGUAAGAUGUGAUGCAGUUUGAAGAAGAUGAAAACGCCUCUUAGGGAAUGAGCUCAAAUACAGAUUAGCUUUCUCUGAAAUAAAAGUAUCCCAUAACAGCAGGAAGUGAACCUGACAUCUUUAUCUGUUGGGUCCAUGAAGGGGUUAGCUUUAGUUCAGGUUAGCUUAAGAUCAAGUUAGCUUUAGUUCAGGUUAGCUUAAGAUCAAGUUAGCUUUGGUUCAGGUUUGCGUUGGUUCAGGUUAGGUUUGGAUCCGGUUAGCUUUGGUUCAGGUUAGUGUUGGUUCAGGUUAGGUUUGGAUCCGGUUAGCUUUGGUUCAGGUUAGCGUUGGUUCAAGUUAGCUGUGGUUCAGUUUAGCGUUGGUUCAGGUUAGCGUGGAAUCAGAUUAGCUUUGGUUCAGGUUAGCGUUGGUACAGGUUAGCUUUGGUUCAGGUUAGCUAACGGUUCAAUUGAGCUGGUUUAUUGUCGCCAAUGCCUCAGUGUCGCGGCUAACACUGGUUUAGGAUUUAGGGCGAACUGAAGGCUCAGACUAGGCUCAUCUGGUGAGUUUAAAGCUCAACAAACUGGUCCAGGUUAGCUAACCGCUCCGUUUAGAAGCUCAAACUGGUUGGCGCACUUUAAUGGUUUAAUUUAAGAGAUAUAAUGGUUUAGAUCCGGCCAGCUAACAGUGCAGUUCAGCUCAAGGUUUACUUCAGAGGCCGAACAUUGGAUGUAUACUAAGAACCAACUGGACCCAAAGAUGGCGCCUAUUCAGUCCAUCUGGCACAAACGCCUGAACAUAGUUUUUAGCUUCCCGGUUUACUUUCACUUCCUGUUCAUGUGUGCGGUCGUGUUUCUCAAAUGGCUCACAGGCUUUACAGUAUUAUAACGCUUUUCUGUGUAUCUCUGUAUUCUAUAAAACCUCCAUUGAUAAAAAAAAUCACAAUAGAGUCAUAAUUGACCUUGUUUAUGGUUCGAGGUGUUUUAUGGUGGAAAUGCUUUUAUUGUAAUAACGUGAGUGGCCAAAAUAUGAAGCAAGGCUUCUUAUCCAGUUCUUAUUAUACAUCCAUGGUUUCAACAGCUUGCUUUAGCUGUGCUAACCGCGUAGUGAAAAAACCAACCACGCCACAACAGCGUGGUAUGGCUAAUGGGCAGUUUAGCCAUGUUAGCAUGGUUAUGUAGCCCAGAUUAGCUGACACUUAAUGAGCUAAACCAACUGAUUCGGCACGCAAAUGGUUAUGAUUCAGCUUGGCUGAUGGUUCAGUGUAGAAGCUGAACCGGUGAGAUAACCGUUCAGUGUAGAAGCUGAACCGGUGAGCUAACCGUUCAGUGUAGAAGCUGAACCGGUGAGCUAAGGGGACAGUGUAGAACCGGUGAGCUAAGGGGACAGUGUAGAAGCUGAACCAGUGAGCUAACCGUUCAGUGUAGAAGCUGAACCAGUGAGCUAAGGGGACAGUGUAGAAGCUGAACCAGUGAGCUAAGGGGACAGUGUAGAACCGGUGAGCUAAGGGGACAGUGUAGAACCAGUGAGCUAAGGGGACAGUGUAGAAGCUGAACCAGUGAGCUAACCGUUCAGUGUAGAAGCUGAACCGGUGAGCUAAGGGGACAGUGUAGAACCGGUGAGCUAAGGGGACAGUGUAGAACCAGUGAGCUAAGGGGACAGUGUAGAAGCUGAACCAGUGAGCUAAGGGGACAGUGUAGAAGCUGAACCAGUGAGCUAACCGUUCAGUGUAGAAGCUGAACCGGUGAGCUAAGGGGACAGUGUAGAACCGGUGAGCUAAGGGGACAGUGUAGAACCGGUGAGCUAAGGGGACAGUGUAGAACCAGUGAGCUAAGGGGACAGUGUAGAACCGGUGAGCUAAGGGGACAGUGUAGAACCAGUGAGCUAAGGGGACAGUGUAGAACCGGUGAGCUAAGGGGACAGUGUAGAACCAGUGAGCUAAGGGGACAGUGUAGAACCAGUGAGCUAAGGGGACAGUGUAGAAGCUGAACCAGUGAGCUAAGGGGACAGUGUAGAAGCUGAACCAGUGAGCUAAGGGGACAGUGUAGAACCAGUGAGCUAAGGGGACAGUGUAGAAGCUGAACCAGUGAGCUAAGGGGACAGUGUAGAAGCUGAACCAGUGAGCUAAGGGGACAGUGUAGAAGCUGAACCAGUGAGCUAAGGGGACAGUGUAGAAGCUGAACCAGUGAGCUAAGGGGACAGUGUGGUUCAGUUCAGAACGGUUCAGACUAGCUUGAGGUUUGGGUUUGAACACCAUUGAUGUUAAAAUGAAUGAAUGCUUCUGUAGCUCCUCCCCGUCUUAAGCUCCAUGAGGUGUUUCAUUGUUCAGUUGGUGAGAGGACAGCAGACUUUGGAAUCAGUAUGUUUUUCACCACCAACUCAUUUAUGUCUUUUUGUCUCUUUGGGCAAAACCAGGAAAGCAGAUUCGUUAACGUUCCCCUAUGUUUUAAAACGAGUGGCGUCACGAGAGCCGGAGGAUGCCGUGACGUUUCCGAUGAGCAUCGAGGCUUCGGCGAAUGUUUGAGGCGAUUCACAAAGAUGAACGCUCUACCUGUCGGUUCGAU